AUGAUGGGCACCACAGGCAGCGCUGCAGUUCCCAGCCUUUCUCUGUGGAUUAUUUUCCUCCUGGGCUCCGGUGUGUGCGCCAGGAAGCAGCACAAUGAUGCCGAAGAUGAGGAGUCGGAGAGUGUUGCCAGGGCGACGUGCUCGGCGCGGUGCCUCAGAUUGCACAGCGUGGUGGCGCUCUCCACCCCGCUGCUGAAUGGCUUUAAUGGAUCCCUGGGCUGGUGUCGUAGUCAUAACCAAUGUGCAAAGUGCCUGGAGCCCUGCAAAGAUUCCUGGGAGAUGAAGAGGAAAAGUGAUUGCAGAGAGCUGUGUGAGCGGGUGUUUCCCAAGAAGCACUGGGAGUGUGUGACCAGCUGUGAGUUCCUUCAGUCAGUGUUGGCAGUGAAGCAAGGCAGCUGUCCGCCUCCGGAAAGAGCCAGCGGUUUUGCAGCGGCCUGCGUAGAGAGUUGUGAUAAUGACCGAGAAUGCCCCGCUCAGAAGAAAUGCUGCUCCAAUGGCUGCGGCCAUACCUGCCAGUCUCCCAAAGACCUUUACAAAGGUGUUCCUCUGAAGCCGAGGAAGGAGCUGGGCUUUGAAGAACUCUCGUCUGGUCAGCUGACGGUGCGUUGGUCUUCCCGCUUCAACAUCUCGGCUGAGCCGGUGGUCUACAUCCUGCAGAGGAGGUGGAACUUUGGCAUCCAGCCCAGCGAAGACACUGCCACUAACUGGCAGGUGGUUGCACAGACCACAGAGCAGGGAGCGAGGCUCUCUGACAUCCGGCCGGGUCGCUGGUACCAGUUCAGAGUGGCAGCCGUCAACACCCACGGCACCAGAGGUUUCACCACGCCCAGCAAACACAUCCACUCCAGCAGAGACCCCUCCAAUCCUCCGGCUCCCACUGAGCUCAGCGUGGCCAACAUGAGCUUUGGCAGUGGCAGGACGGUGUCGGCCAGGCUCCGGUGGAGCAUGCCUGCUGACCUGGAUGUUCCCGUCCACCACUACAAGGUCAGCUGGAGCUGGACUGCAGUCGGACAGCCCUAUGCUUCAUCCCUGACCAAGAGGAGGAAGAUAGUCCGAGGUGUGCAGAGCCAGGUGGAGCUGGACAGCAUGCGGUCUAACAGGAGCUACAGUGUGGAGGUCCAGGCUGUGUCCUAUUGGGGACAAACUCAGCUCAAAGGACCCCGAGCUGUCCUCCACUUCCCCACACAGCACAGCACCAGUACUACUCUAAGAAACCCUACAGGUGACAGUCUGGAUGUGGGGACACCAUUCUACCAGGACGGACAGCUCCGUGUUCAUGUUUACUGGCAGAGCAGCUCGGAUUCCUCAGCUGAAUUCUACAGAAUCCAGUGGGGACCAGAGUAUUGUGGACACAACCAGACGAGACCCAUGGAGAAGACCAGCACAUGGGAGAGUUUUGUGAGCCUGCGGGGCUUGCUCUUUUCCUGUAAGUAUAAAGUCAUUCUGCAGCCAGUCGGCAAGAAGAGUCAUCUUCCGUCAGAAAGCACCAGCUUUUUCACGCCUUCCUGUGCCACCAUCCAGGCCAAGAGUCCGAAACCCAUCACCUGUCCUGGAGAAACAGUGUCCCCUCAGAAAGUACUGGUGAAGGCAGCCAACCUGACGGCGUCCUUUCAAGUCUGGGCCGGAAACGUGACGGCCAUUUUUAGCUGGGAUUUGUCCACAGCCCCACCGCACCAGCAGCUGACGGGUUACCAGGUAACCUGGGCGGAGGUGAUCUCCACCAACCACCACAAUAACAACAACAAGCGGCCGCACAGCCUCAUCUCCCAGUCCCAGAUCCUGCCCCCGGAUGGAAAUGUCCUGGUGGUGCCAGGCCUGCAUCCGGCCGGUCUGUAUCGGCUGGAGGUCCAGGCCAUCACAGCAGAGGGUGAAGGUCCUGCAACCAGCCGCACCUUUCAGACCCCUGGCCACCAAAGCACCGUGAAGCACAGAACCAGGCUGAGGAAGCAGCACCAUAAACAGCCAAUCAUUGAGAGGCACUGAGCCCAGACAGCCAAUCAGCAUGCAUGAACCAAGUCUCCCAAACUCAGGAUGAUCAGGAAUCCACAGAACAGGAAUCAGUAGUGAAGAAACGUAGCCUCGCCAGCUUUAUGAUCCAGAUGAAUUCUCCCAAACAACUAGCAACCAUUUGAAUAUCUUCCGGUGGACUGACCGCAUUACUCUGAAACAGCAGUAAAGUUGUGAGGAACUUCCUUUUGACUCCCAGCUGAGAGUACAUCUCAGCACUUGUUUGUAAUAUGUGGGUGUACAUCAUCAUAGCAUGUAGAUGCAGUAGCUAUACAAAUUGUGUUACCUGUAGGGCUGGGUAUGAUUACAUUCAGGGCUUUUAAAAUGGCACCCGCCAAAUGCGGGUGAAAAUUAACUUUGGUGGGUAACAUUGUAAAGUUAUUAGCCAGUUUGGCUGGUGAUAAAAGAAGCAAAAAACACUGCGUCUGUUGUAAUCGGCUGGCUGCAGAAACAAUGUGACAGGUUACCAGUUUAGUCUGUUUUCCACCAAGAAAUUUGGGCGGUUUUGUGUGUGUUUGGCUUGGAAAUGUAAUCUUUAUCUGGCAACACUACUCGUAGUACUAAUCCUACAUUUCCCAUAAACACUAUGUCGUGACCAUCGGCUACAUGCUAAGCGUGCAGUACCGAUUACGAGCUACGCUGAAACGGAGAAGACAAACCGUAAAGUAAAAUUAGUUAGGAAACAACAAACAAACAUGGCUAGUGGAAAAUCUGAUUGGCUACUAACUUAAAAGAUCUACUAGCCGUGUUGGCUGGUGAUCAAAGAAGUUAAUUUAAAGCCCUGAUUACGUUACAUUAAUACAUAAACCAACUUUUAUUACCAAAACCUAAAGAAUGAAAGCUUGUUAUUACAUAAAAACUAGUUUUCUUAGGAGGGCUAUUGGAACUAAUACUGGAAGUCCACAAAUUCCAUCUCUGGCCAACAAGCGCUUGGACAUCUUUCCAAACAAGACUUCUCCAUGAGUGAGACUUGGUUAGACACAACAACAAAGUGAAAGGUGAAG